GUACAAGUUAAGAGUAUAUACGGAGUAUUCGAGAUUCGAUAUCUUGUCAUGCUCUACGGAGUACUGCACAGUACUGCUCCUCCCCCUUACCCCAUCAUCGCCAGGAUAACCUCACCAUGUGCAAAUCCAUCUCCCAGAACAAGUUCCAACCCAACUCGGCCCCACCAUGGCAUCGCAAUCCGGCGUCGGCCCACCAUCCGUGUGGCCGUGUGGCCGCUCGGAUCUUUUCGCGCUCACGUUUCCAUGAAGGGGGUCCAAGGCCGUGGUGAGGGGAUGGGUGGCUGGUUGGUGAUGCACUUGAUGGCGUGGUUGAUGCGACUUUUCAUCUUCUUGAGAUUCCAGACGAGAGAAGCACUGAGUGCUAUCUCCAUCGCUACGAGCGCCGCAUACGCAACCCAACGGUACUGUGUACUCUGUACGGAGUAAUGGUACGGAGUACUCCGUACACCUUCUUCGCCAAAAACCGAAGAGGACAUCCAACAGCAGGAACUUUCCCUCUCGUUUACCGUUCCGAAUGCCACGCGGAAGCCUCGACCGUUGGCAGGCGAAUCAGAAAGGAAGGCCCCAUCGUCGCUGAUUCCAAAAACGGUUUCGUCCCCUUUUCAAGCUCCACGGCGGCUGAAACCCCUAGUCUUGGCAGGCUCGGUAUUUCUCCAUGCGCGGCGCCA